AUGGACGACGCUUCGGAUAUCUCCUAUUACAUAGGGUCCCAGGCUGCUGACACUCUAGGCAACUUGGAUGUUACAUUGAGUAAUGGCCAGAUUGUGAGUAUUAACCUUGUGGAAGAACUUCCUGAUGACCCCAACGAGUUGAUAAGUUUCCUAAAUGAGGAAAAGUGCGAUAGAAAAUACUGGAUCUCGGUUGCUCGAGCAUACUCAGCGUCGGGAAAGCUUGACGAAGCUACCGAAGUUUUAUCGCAAGCUUCCAAACAGCCUCUGUUUUCUGAUGCUGAUAGGUUAAGUAUCGACUCCAGUUUUAAAUGGCUCCAUUUAAAAUAUGUCAGUCAAGGCAUCAAUAGGGCUGAGCACUUGUCGGCUGCUAAUGAACUCAUUGAAAGAGAUUUCAAAAGCGCUCCUUCUGAUGUGAAUAACUUGCUUGCAAAAGCUACUUAUUACGGUCUUGAAGAUAUGGCUGACCAGGCAUGGGAGAUUUACGAUGGAAUAUGGAAAGCCGACCCGAAAAAUUGCUUUGCAUUACUUGGAAAGGCUCACAUAGCCUUGAACAAGACGAAAAACUACAAAAGUGGGCUCAGGCUCUAUCAACAGGUGUUGUUGUUGAAUCCUAUUAUGAAACCGGAUCCUCGUAUUGGAAUUGGUAUUUGUGCUUGGAUGCUCAAUGAUCAAGAGAUGGCUGUAAACUCGUGGAAGAGAGCUUUAGAGAUUGAUUCCCUGAACACAGCAGCAAAGCUUCUCAUAACUUUAUCUCAAUUCAAUGACGCUUUCAAUAAAUCCCUCAGCGACGAAAGCUUUAUUACCAGCUACAAGGAGUGCUUAAUCAAAUUGAGAGAUCUUCCUCAUCUGUCAGAGGAUACUACUAUACUUCUCGCCUUCGUGUCUUAUUACUACUCCAAAGAACAAUAUGACAUCGUUGAAAAAAUCUGCAAUAAUAUUCUCCAAAAAUAUUCCGGUUCAUCCAAAGUUCACUCAUCCAAACUUACACCUUACCAGUCAAAGGCUUUAUCGACAGCAAAUUCUUGGUUGGGACGGGUAUCUUUUGCAAAGGGUGAUUACACUCAAUCGCAAAGAAGUUUCCAUGAAGCAAUUCGGCUCGAUGACAACAACUUGAUUGCCAAGUUGGGCUUGGGACUCUCCCAAGCAAACAGAGGUUCGAACGAAGAAGCGAUAAUUACAUUUGAAUCCGUGUUAAAAACGAAUCCAAAAUGCUUGGAGGUCAACUACUCUCUUGGCAUAUUUUAUUCCAAGCUGAAGAGUCGCAAGAAGCAAGACCUUGCUAUACUGAUCUUGGAACGUUAUUUGCGACUUUCCAAUAACCUUGGCCUGAACCCUACUGCCAGCAAGAAAGACGAUGAUGAGUCGUCAUUAUCAAGCAAGGAACCAAUAGUGUUAAAUGCCCUUCUCACCCUUUCUAGGUUGUAUGAAGGAAGGGACUUGAAUCAAUCUUUGACCUACUUGAGUAAAGCUAUCGAAUCUAGGACACAGGUGGGUCUUUCUGUGCCGAUUGAGGUCUAUAAUAACUUGGGAGUUAUGAACUUUUUCAAGAACAACUUGGACGAAGCUAAGGAAAACUUUGAGUUUGCUGUGCAAAACAUCCGUAAGGAAAGCGAAGAGAAAUCAGACCCAAUAUUCGACGACUUGUCGCUUACGAUUGACUACAAUUUGGCUCGCUCGCAAGAGGUUUCAGACGAAAAGGCAGCCAUCUCAAUCUAUAAGUCAGUUACAGAGAGAUCAUCCAACUACUUCUCUGCCAGUUUAAGACUCUUGUUCUUGGAUUGUGUUUCAACUAACGAAUCAACCAAGGAGCAAAUAAGAGAACGGAUUGAGGAACUCUUGGAAGAAAACCCAGCUAACUUGGAAAUUAGGUCUUUCUAUGGCUGGUUUGCGAAGACUUUUGGAAAGAGAAUUGGCAUGAAACAGGAUGCAGAUACAGAACACCAAAAGAAGACUUUGGUUGAAUACGACUCUCACGAUUCUUAUGCCUUGUUAUCGUUGGCGAAUAUCUACUGCAUCAUGGCAAGGGAUGUCAAAGGUUCUGGCUCUGCAGUUGCUGAGAAGAGAAAAAAGUAUUACAUUCGUGCUAUAGAACUUUUCACCAAGGUUAUUUCUGUGGACUCCAAGAAUGUUUACGCUGCCCAAGGGUUGGCCAUUGUCUAUAUCGAAAACAAAGAUUCGCAAAAAGGAUUGGAAAUCUUGCGGAAGAUCAGAGACUCGUUGAACGACAUUUCGGUAUACCUCAAUUUGGGGCAUGUGUUACUUGAAUUGAAACAAUUUUCUAAAUCUAUUGAGAAUUACGAAAUAGCCUUGGUGAGAUUCACAAGUGGAACGGAUUCCAAAAUAUUGUCGUUUUUGGGCCGGGCUUGGUAUAUGCGUGGACUCGCAGAAAAAGACUUGUUCUAUUUGAAAAAGGCACUUGACUAUGCUCAAGAGGCACAAAAGCAAAGUGGUGGACUGCAGGCGUCAUUACGAUUCAAUAUCGCCUACGUGCAAUUUCAAAUUGCCGAAUUCAUUACCAAGAUUGCUGUUGAGCAGCGUAAUGUGGAUGAUAUUAAACGAGCGAUCGAAGGCUUGAAUGAAGCCAUCGAAACUUUGAACUCGUUAGCUUCUGACGACGAGGCUCAUCCACCAUAUCCUAAGCUGGAAUUGAAGUCAAGAGCUAAUUUAGGUACCACUACCUUGGCAAACAGAUUGAAUACCUGCUUAGAAGAAACUGAGGAGUAUAUCAAUAAAGUGGAGAACAAAUUGGCUGAGGCUAAGAGGUUGAGGCAAGAAGAAGCUGCUAAGCGAUUAGAAGAGGAGCAGAAUAGAAUCCUCAGACAAAAGCAAGCGGAAGAAGAGUUGGCAAAAGAGAGAGCCAAGUUGCAAGAACAGGCUCAGCAAUGGGUUGAAGAGUCGCGGGCAUUUGUGGAAGAAGACAAAGAUGACCAACUUUUCGAAGCAGAGUCUGCGAAAGACAAGGAGAGCGGUAAGAAAAAGCCGGCCAAGAAGGGAAAGAAAGGAAAGAAGACCAAGAAGAAAAAUUUCAUUGACGACAGUGAAGAAGAACAAGCUCCUCCUACGCCGUCAGCAUCUGAAGACGAAGCCCCUGCACCAACAAAGCGUAAAGCUGAAGAAGAUGACGACGUGGUGCCCUCUAACAAGCGCAAGGCUCUUUCCAAAGAUGUCAUUGAAGAUAGUGAUGAUGAGUUGGAUGACGAUUUGUUCAACGGUGAGGAUGCUUAA